UAAUGACGUACAGGCCUCUGAGCCCUUCGAUGGUGUGACGGUUGGCAGCACGUGACUGUGGACGUGCGGGGCGAAGACAACGGGCCCGGAGGCCGGGGAUUGUCUAGAGCCGGUGGCGGGGUGACCAGAGCCCCAGUGGGGAGGACCCGGAGCUGGGCGCCAGGACCGACUGGAACCGCGAGGUGGCCAGGGACUAACCGGAGCCGAGGGGGUGGGCCCGGGGUGCGGGACAGACCGGAGCGGAGCCGAGGGGGUGGGCCCGGGGUGCGGGAACAGACCGGAGCCGGGAGGGGGCGGGGCCCGGUGCGCCAGGACCGACUGGAACCGCGAGGUGGCCAGGGACUGACCGGAGCCGACGGGGUGGGCCCGGGGUGCGGGGACUGACCGGAGCCGGAGGCGAGUGAGAGCGGCGGACGCUGGUAAGGGCUCUCUGCCCGUGCCUGUCUCCCUUGUGGCUGCACCAUGCCGGGGGACCGCAUGGCCACGUCCCUGAUCCAGAAGAUCGCUCGCCAGGCCCGCACCACAUUCAAGCUGCUGCCUCUGGCCGAGGCCGGGCCCGGCUCGGGACCGGGCCCUGGGGCUUUCCAGGACAACCUGAGCCAGCUGAGCUCGCUGCUGGAGAAGGUGAAGGCCGAGGACUUGAACCUGGCGCCCCGCCGGAACCAAGGCCCGCGGCAGGCCGGGCCCCCGGUCACCUACAUGCACAUCUGCGAGAGCGAGCACUUCUCCAUGGGGGUGUUCCUGCUGCAGGCUGGAGCCUGCAUCCCACUGCAUGACCACCCGGGGAUGCACGGCCUGCUCAAGGUGCUCUACGGCAGCGUGACCAUCGAGUGCUUCGACAAGGACGAGGGCAACCAGGCGGCGGCUGGCGUUCAGUUCAACCCGCCCCUGCUGCAGGGUCAGCGGGCCAGCCUCCGCCGCUCGCUGCGGGCCUCCAGCGGCCUCCUUGAUCAGGCGAGUGGGCCGUGCCUCCUCACCCCGCGGCUCAGCAACAUGCACCGGAUCGAGGCGCCGAACGGACCGGCCGCUUUCUUGGACAUUCUGGCGCCGCCGUACGACCCCGAGGCGGGCAGGGACUGUCACUAUUUCAAGGUGCUGCAGCCAGUACCGUGUAAAGCCAGCAGCCCGGCUCCCCCGGAGCAGGAGGCCGUGUGGCUGCUGGAGGUGCCGCAACCUGCCGACUUCUGGUGCGGAGGAGAGCCUUAUCCCGGCCCCCAGGUGGCCCCUGACCGAGAAGCGAGCCCGAAUGAAUAGUAAUGUACCCAAUAACAGUGAAGAACCCUUCACAAACUAUUCAGCUAACCUCUGUCCCCACCCGCAUGGUUAAAGCUCUUUUUCUUGUUGUAGAGUCGACCCACCUUUUCAAUUAUUUUGUUCAUAGCCGCACCAAAAAUCAAUAUCCCCAAACUGUACUGCGGAAGAAUGAAAACCAAACUUUGCGCCUUGGCCAUUUGAGUUAGAAGUGGAAAAGGUGUGUGAUCCUUCACAUCCUGUUGAUUUUGGGCAGUAACACAAAGUUUCAAGACAAAAUGCUGGAGAAACUCAGCCCAUCUGACAACGUCUGAGGAGAGAAGGAAUUUACAUUGAGUAAAAUAUGCCUUUGGGCUAUGAGAUAUAUAACGGAUCGGUCCAGCCUUAUCUUCAGAUUGUCAGUCUGGCACUUAAUUGGUAAACAUUAUAGUGAUUUUAUUGACAGUGCAACCAAUUAUUGAUGUUGUGUUUAGCUGGAAUGCAAACUUUAUAAAUCCUUGUUACCUCUUCUGCCCUUCAGAAGUACUAGUUAAUGCGUUCAGUUGUUUUCUCAAGUUAACAAGUUUCUGAGGACGUGACUUUAUUUCUUUUCCAGUAAGAACAAAACACUAUUGGUAGAAAAUACUAUUAACUCAUGAUUUGUAUUCAUGUAUGACCAACUGUAUUUUCAUAUAGAAUUCUGUGUUAACUGUUUUUCAAAGCAGUCGCCAACCUGAACUUAACAGCCACUAGAAGGUACAAGUGGGCAAACAUCUUAAACACUUCUCACUUCCUUUUAAACCAGUUGCCUCCAGAAAUUACUUAGCCCACCCAAGCACUGUUGUGUUUUUUUUUGAUUAAAUGUGGUCUAUGCUAGUUUUGGCAUAAGUCUUUUAGGAAAGGAGUCAUCAGGAGUUCAAUGCCCAUAAUGUUUACCAGCACCUGGGCCUGUUUGACUUGUAUAUUUACUGUGAUGCUGUGUCGGAUGCAUUAUCAGAGAGUCAUUUUGCACUUUGGAUUCCAAACUGCUGACCUUAACAAUGUUAGCCAACAAUCUAGUCAGUAAAAUCUGUUAGUCUGGGCAACAUCCAGGCAUAUGAAAUGUUGAAGGGGUUUUGGAAGGGAGGAGGCAGUAUGCGCAAAGAUAUUCUUACUGACAUGUUCAUGAAACUACUGUGAAAUUAAAAGCAUUUAUGGUAAGGAGGGCUGUAGGAGCUGCUUCGGUUUAGCUCUGUAUAGUACUAGCGAGUUUUGAGAAGACUUGUAGCUCAGGUUGAGGUUCUGGAUGUAAGUUUUCUCGCUGAGCUGGAAGGUUUAUUUUCAGAUGUUUCAUCAUCAUUGUAGGUAACAUCAUCAGUGAGCCUCAGGUGAAGCACUGGUGUUAUGUCCCGCUUUCACCUAAACACAUAAAUAGAAAACGGGACAUAACAUCAGCUUCACCGGAGGCUCACUGACGAUGUUACCUCGAAUGGUGACGAAAGGUCUGAAAAUGAACCUUCCAGCUCAGCGAGCAAACUUACAUCUGUAUAGUACUUCCUUGUUAACGUUCGUAUGGUGGCUUGAUUUUCAAAAGCAACAUGACAAUGGGUUGGAAACAAUCAUUUUGGUUUAGUUAAAAUGGUAAUAACUAACUGCACUAUAAAGCCCUCAUUUAUAAUUAGUUAUCAAGAUCAUUCUAUACAUUUAAACUGUUCUUUCUUUAAAAAACUGGGAGUAGAUUUUUCUUGUAAAUCUGCAAUGCACACUUAUUGCAAAAUCUACUUGGAAUGACUGACUUUAUAUUGGGAAAGAAGACUAAAUGUAAUCAUAAAAGGGAAACGUAACCAAAGGCUGACUUUAUAAUCAACAGUACCCGAAGAAGCAAAGGGCUGAGAUUUUCAGAUUCAUGUUAGUCACAAUUUUCAAACACAGAACUUCAAAUAAAAUAUCCACUGAAGUACAUUUAUUUAUCCAGCUGCACCAUGUCCAGUGUUCCCUUCCAAUAGUGGGGCUCUGAAAGUUAGUGACUGUGCAGCCUUGUGCUACAUUGCAGCUCUAUUAUGAUUGUGUGCCCCCUCCCCUGUAAUAUAAUAUUCCCUUUUUGGUUUGUUGAGUUCUGCACUAUUAGAAGUGUGGUUUUUUUAAAUAUUACCUUAUCCUUGACACAGUGGAUGUGAUUUUUUUUUGCAGGAUCUGUGGAAAGGUGAAAAUUAGACCUAUUGAAAUAAGUUAUGAAAUUGUCCUGCCUAAGUGGUUGAGUUUUUUUUCUUGUGUGAUCAUAGUGUUGAGUAAGUUGACCAUGUAGUUUUGCAUGCUGUGGUUCCACAAUCCUCGUAAUGCAGUUUAUUAAAUACUCCAUCUGAAAAUACAGUGCAGAACAAAAUGUUUAGCCAUUUCUUUUAUUCAGUAUUGUAUGAAUAAAAUGGAGUAUGAGAAAUAUGAUUUUUGGCUCACUUGGCUGACUGAAUUAUGCUUUUUGCAUUGGUGGAUUAAAGAUCAUAUUUGCUUUUUCAUGUAUUAUCUUACAGUUGUACCAUUUCACCGUAUAUGACAAAGGAUAUUCAGUUUAUUAGAAAAUAUUCUUGAGCAAUAAAAUGUAUAGAAUAUGAUUUUACUGAUGCUGUAUUCUUCAAAAUGUUAAUACUGGAAGUUUAAACACAUUGAGCAUUGUCUUAAAUGUAAUGUGGUCACAAAUUUCAAAAUUCCUUACAAACUCCCAAAAAUUCAUUCUCAUGUUUGAGUAAUACAUGAGCAAUCUUGAACUUGCCAGGUAGUAACUGAAGUGCUGUUGGCACAAAGCCAUCUUAACACCUAAGGUUUAGAUCCAAACCACUACAGUUGAGCUCACAAACCAGAAGUAGUGAUGAUUUAGCCACCAGUAAAGCAAUGCAAUGGGACAACUAAAUGUAAAGUUAAUAUGUAGGAAAAAUAUAUACUGUACAAAAAGUGAGUGGUUCACAUUAAUGGCUGGUGGCUUCUCCAUUAGGCUCUCCAGUGCUAAACAGGAGUUCAGGAUUUUGAGAGGGGAAAAAAUCGUAGCUGUUUCAGUAAAUUUUUCUCAUCUAUAAACAUUUGGGUGAAGCCUAGCCAGCAACAACUUUACUGUGCACUGCAGCCAUUUCUGCACAGUUGAAGCUUUUUAAAAAUAUCAGUGUAGUAGUCAAACCAAACACCUGAGCAGCAGCAUGGAAUAAAGGUAUAAUUUGGUAAUUAAAAAUCUGAAAUGUUUCUGGGUGCUGCCAAGUUGUAAUAACAAGUAAAACAAUUUUCUUUGAGGUUUGUUGUGGUAAACUUUCAACUGGACACAUACUCAAGAGGCAGUAUCAUAAUUCUGGCCUGUGUAUGUCAACUUGGCUUUUUUUAGUUCAAUGCGAAGUUCAUGAGAUUAAGCGUACUUUCCGGAGAGUGCUACACUGUCAGAGAUCCCAUAUUUCAGACUGAGACUUUAAACCGAGGUUCUCUAUCUGUCCUUGGGUGCAUGUAAGAGAUACAUGGUACUAAUUGAAGAACAGGACAAUGUUAUUAUUCUGGAUACUGUCUAUCCCUCAGCCUCUAAAACUAACGGGUAUUCUUUGUUUCAAGGGUCUUUCUGUAUAGAAGUUGCUGUUUUAAAAUGCCUCCAUAUCUUUGUGUGCAAUUGAGAAGUCACUCAUUAACAAUAAAGCACUGAAUUAUUUUGGCAUUAAAAGGUACCCAUGUACCUUCCAGGUGCCAGUUUGUUUUUUUUAAUGGAACCAGUAUGGAAAAUAUAGCCUAACAGGUUAUGUUGCAUGUAUGCUAGGCAGAGGAUUUAGAUCCCGAUCAGUAACAGUCAUUCAGGUUUCCCUGCUGCAUCUGACUGUCUGUCUGGGAUUCUAUUUCUACCUGACCUGCCUAACUCAUUCGAUCUUUAAUGUUUUUAUCCGUUAUGUGCUUGAUCAAUUCCUCCCUUAUCAGAAUUUCAAACUUGGUCACUUCUUCCUUUUAUUUGUGUUAUCUGUAGAAUGGGGGAGUUCUUGUAUACAGGCUGAGACAUCACCAUCACUAUCUAUGAACCAAUGUUAAAUCAUUAACAUAGCAGCUGGAGAGAUUCCAGCAUGUGCCAAAAUACGUCUCUGCCUCUGCCUCUGCCUCUGCCUCUGUCUCUGCCUCUGCCUCUCUGCCUCUGCCUCUGCCUCUGUCUCUCUGCCUCUGUCUCUGCCUCUGUCUCUGUCUCUGCCUCUGCCUCUGUCUCUCUGCCUCUGUCUCUCUGCCUCUGUCUCUCUGCCUCUGUCUCUCUGCCUCUGUCUCUCUGCCUCUGUCUCUCUGCCUCUGUCUCUCUGCCUCUGCCUCAGCAGAAUGAACCCAGUAAUGCACACCAUGUGAGAUCUUGCUCUUCUACAGUCAAAUCAACAAUUUCUGUUUACAACUUUAUUUGUCCUAUCCUCAUUGUUUGUUUGCUUUUAAAUCAUUCAACCAGAUCUCCAGGCUUAGAUUGUGCAGUUUGUAUGUGAGCAUUCAGCAUGCCACAUCACAUUUUGACAAUACACAUUUCCUGUAUUAAAUCUUGUGUGAAGUCAUUCUGACUGCUCAAAACCUUGGCAGCCGGAAUUUUCUCUAGUGUGCUGUGAUUUAUUAAUUUUUGGCAUCUAUAUAUAGAUUUCUAUACUUUAACCCUUUGUUUCCAGUGCACGCUGAACAGCUCAAUGAUUGUAUCGUCUGAUUGCUUGUAGUUUGAUCUCUCCCUUCACAGCACCGUCAGUUACAAAAUCUCUAGUCAUCACAGCCUUGCAUUUUGGAAUUCUGUACCUAACUCCUUCCAUCUUCCUACCAUAUCUACAUUGCCACAUUGUGUCUCAGAAGUAUUUUAUUGACUUUUUAAAACAUGCCAGGAUGCAUUGAAUGGUGCUAUGCAAAUGAUUGCAGGUCUUUUGAACUCGUUGAAAUGAAAUUACGACUCAGGUGUUUCAAAGCCUUAUGUUGAAGUGCACUGAUUAUAAAGUCAGUAAUAAAAUGCGUUGAUUAAACAUAACCUGGUUCUGCCAUCAUUCACGUUGUCUCUGCUCUUUAUUAAUAGUUUUGGGUGUUAUGUUGCAGCUUACUGAUGCACUAAAAUAGUGCAAGCUCUUGUCCACACUCUUUCUCCAGCCCCCCCCCCCACAAUAGUAGUGGACAGAUAUUUUAUGGAUUUGUAAUGUUUCAAAUUGGGAAUUGAUGUUGAAUUUCAGUCAGUAGUGGGAAAUGAAUUUGUGGGAAAUAUUGGAGAUAACUUGUCUUCUGAAAAUCGCUUUUCCUCAUUACUAACUUCCUCCUGGUCUGCAAAAAUCUCUAAGACAUCUUUGAUCAUGUUUCUAUCUUUUGUUUGACUUCCAUUCUUUCCAUCAUUCUUGUAAAGCCUCUGGUAAUGAACACCAAGUAAAUGUGUGGUGUUUCCUAAAAAAAAACUUCAAACAGCAUCAACUAGUGAAAUAUAAACUGCUGUUAUACUUUAAUACUUUUAAAAUGGUUUUACUCUUUCAAGGGUGUAGCUUUUCAAUAAAAUCUAAUUCUAACUAACAGUUUUUAAAAACACUUGGUUUUAAUGCAUGCUGUAUGUUUCAGUUGGAAAAUGGUAACUAAAAUUAAUUGGCAAGUGAUGGAUUGAAAACAAAUAAGGUUCAGAUGCAAAGUUUAGAGCGGUUUUCAUUUGCCUGUAUGGUAAGUUGGUGUCUUGAUCUAACCUGGAUCAAACAAUAUCUGAUUAUUUAUUUAACGAAUUGUCAAUCAGUAUUCUGGACCAACAUCUUUGAGUGGUUAAGGAGGUAGUCUAAUCUUACUGUAGUUCAAAACCUGUAAAAUUUUGUAACCAUAUGCAGGAAAAUACAUCAGGAUAUCAAUAUUGUAAAAUGUACAACGAUUGCACUGCUUAUAUCUAAGUUUAAUGUUAAAUAAAUGAAAAU